AUCUAAUAUGAGGGCCUCCCCGUCCCUUUUCUCCGUUUCAUCUCUUCCAAUCUCUAGCACUCUGUUUUUCUCCCCCUCUCCCUCAUUCUCCCCUUAUUAUGGUUUCCUGGUGGUUCAGCGGGCCUUUGUUGCUGGAUCGUUGGUGUGCCACUUCAGCUCGGCUCCCCGGCCAUUUCAAGUAGUUUCCGGCAAGCAUUCGCAGAUAGCGACCCCUUCGAUUCCAGUUCGAUUGAAAGGAACUCCCAGGCUGAAAAAAAAAUCCAGGAAAGGUGUUUUUGCUUGGCUAUUAUCUCAAUAUUUGAACCGAGGACAACCAAAAUUAGUCAGAGUUCCGAGGACAGACACUAGCAGUGAGAAACCAAUCACAGUUGUACCAUUAAAAAUGGAUGCAGCAAAGAAGAAAGCAUUGUUUCGUGCUAAGCUCAAUGCACAGAAGAAAGACAAGCGAAUUGAUUCUCCUCUUGUUAGGUACAAUGAAUUUGAUCAACCUGUUUGUAGGGUUUGUGAUGUAGUUUUGAAAUCUGAAUCCCUGUGGGAUGCGCACCAAGCUUCUAGGAAACAUCAUCAGGCAGUAAAUAAUAUUAAAGCCAAUGCAGUUGGACGUGUGCACACAAAACCUGAAUCCCAUGCAGAGUCUACUAGACCUAAACAGGCACCUAAUGCAGACUUGCAUGAAACCAAGUUUGAACCCUCAGCAAAAUUGCCCAAGCCUCAGUCAUCAUCAGUACUUCCUGCAGAUUGUUUUGACAAUCACGAGACACAGUCAACUACACCUAAACGUGCACCCAAAGCAGAGUUGCCUCAUAAAAAGUUUGAGCCCUUGAAACCGUCCGAGCUUCAAUCAUCAUCUGCACUUCCUCCUGAUUUUUUCGAUAAUCGUGUGACAAAGAGACAAAAAAGUGAUGCUGUGAAAUCAUUGGAUCCGGAUUCAUGUAAAACUUCAGGCAGUUCUUUCCAAAAUAAGGUGGAAUUAUCUGUAGAAACUGAUAUGAAUGGAUUAAUUAGUGGUAACGAUGUGCAAUCAAAAAUCUCUAGGCAUGCCAGGGAAUUCAAGCAUACUACAACAGAAAAUUCCGUUUCAGAAACCAAGCAAGUAAAGGGAGCUCUUCCUGAAGGCUUCUUUGAUGACAAAGAAGCUGAUUUGCUUGCUCGUGGCAUUAAGGUUAUUAAGCCAGAUGUCAAAGAUGAAUACAAGGAGUUUGAAAAGUUGAUCCAGGAGGACUUGCAGGAGGUGGAUGACCGUUUGGAAGAAGAGGAGAUUGAUGCAGCUGAAAUGAUAGAGGAGGCUGAAUCUGUGGAGCAGAAGGCCUACAGGGGAAAAGUGGAAUUAUUGAGAAUGAAGAAAAUGGAGUUGAUGACUGCUAGGUCUGCCAAACAAAGAAGAGAUUCUGCUGUUGCUGGCAAAGAGUCUAGUCAUGAAGAAUCAUCUAGCGAUGAUGAUGAUAACGAUGAGAAUUUCGCAGUUGAUUGGAGAGCUCAACACUUGUGAACUAGCGAAACCAAACUAGUCAGUAUUUAUAUUCUUUUAUAUGUUGUGAAUGUCAGCACCUUUUUGGAAACUAGUACCAUAGGAAAACCAGACAUACAAGCUCAAUGAACAACACUAACAACAUUUGCGGAAUUUCCUGUAUCGUUGAUAUGUUUUCCAGAAUUCUAUCAACUAGUAGUGAAGGAAAAACUAUAUCCAAAUUAUCCCAAUUCAAGACAUUAUAUUUGACAUGCUGA